CAAAGAAAAGGAGGUGGAAAGAAAAAAAAUGUCAUUAGAAGAGGCGUAACACGCCGGUCCCUCCCCAGGUCUGUUUCCUGGAGUGGGUGUAAGACAUCAGUUGUAAACCUGCCCUAGCAGGAAUAGCGGUCCCUCCCUCCUCCAACUAUUUCUAAGGCUUUAUUUCUAAGGCUUUAUUAUCACCGGUGGAAAAGGAUCCGCUCACCGCCGCCGCUCCGGUAUCUUCCCUCCUCGAGCCGCUCGUUCACGAGACACCUCCUAAAAUAGCAGAUAUCAGGCUGAAAUCAAGGAGCGGAGUCCAUGCGAGCUGCCAUCUGAUCCCACACACACUUAUCAAUGAAGCAGGAGAUCAUGGCGGAUGGCCCCAGGUGUAAGAGGCGAAAACAAGCCAACCCGCGGCGGAAGAACGCAGCUCUGAACUAUGAGAACGUGGUGGAGACGGGCUCGGAGACGGAGGAGGAGGACAAGCUGGCGGUGUCGGAGGAGGACCCCUUGCUCAACGGCGCCGGCAGCCCGGCCAGCCUGACCAACCCGGACGCCUCGCCGCGCGCCGAGAGCCACGGCUUGCCCGCCAAGGAGGAGGAGGACGACGAGAUGCGGGACAGCGGCGUGGAGCACAUCUGGCCCGACAACGACAUGCUGAGUGCCUCAGUCGACGGUACUGAUGAAAUGAAGGACGAUUUCGACGCCCUGGGGUCGGACGCCGCUCUGCAGGCGGUCGGAAACGGUACAGUUAAGAGCGUGGAUUGCACUUCAGAGCUGGAGGACUUCUUCUCCAAGCGGAAGCUGGACGACGGCGACAGCCACGUGGUGAGCAUCGCCGAGUACCUGCAGCGCGGCGACACCGCCAUCAUCUACCCAGAAGCCCCGGAGGAGCUGUCCCGGCUGGGCACGCCGGAGGCCACGGGCCCGGAGGAGAACGACCUGCCACCUGGAACGCCAGAUGCCUUCGCCCAACUGUUGACCUGCCCCUACUGCGACCGGGGCUACAAGCGCCUGACUUCGCUGAAGGAGCACAUCAAGUACCGCCACGAGAAGAACGAGGAGAACUUCGCCUGCCCGCUCUGCAACUACACCUUCGCCUACCGCACUCAGCUGGAGCGGCACAUGGCCACGCACAAGCCGGCCCGGGACCAGCACCAACUGCUCAACCAAGCAGCCGGCAACCGCAAGUUCAAAUGCACCGAGUGCGGCAAGGCCUUCAAGUACAAGCACCAUCUGAAGGAGCACCUCCGGAUUCAUAGCGGUGAGAAGCCCUACGAGUGCCCCAACUGCAAGAAGCGCUUCUCGCACUCGGGCUCCUACAGCUCGCACAUCAGCAGCAAGAAGUGCAUCGGCCUGAUCGCCGUCAACGGCCGCAUGCGGGGCAGCAUGAAGGCGGGCUCCUCCCCCACCUCCGCCUCCGCCUCGCCCACCAACGCCGCCAUCACCCAGCUGAGGCAGAAGCUGGAGAACGGCAAGCCGCUGGGCCUGGCGGACCACGGCAACCACCUGAACAUCAAGACCGAGCCGCUGGACUUCAACGACUACAAGCUGAUGAUGGCGUCCCACGGCUUCGGCGGGCCGGGGCCCUUCCUGAACGGCGGCGUGGGCGGCGGCAGCCCGCUGGGCAUCCACCACGGCUCCAGCGGCCAGAGCCCCCUGCAGCACCACGCCCUGGCCGGCCUGGAGUCCCAGCUGCUGGGCUACCCGGGCCCGCUGGCCAACAACCUGAGCGAGGUGCAGAAGGUGCUCCAGAUCGUGGACAACACCGUGUGCCGGCAGAAAAUGGACUGCAAGCCCGAGGAGCUGUCCAAGCUCAAGGCCUACAUGAAGGAGCUGGGCAGCCAGAUGGAGGAGCAGAAGCAGGGCCUGACGUCGGCGGGCGGGCCCCAGGUCGGGCUCCCGCUCGUCAACCACAACGGCGCCACCAAAAGCAUCAUCGACUACACGCUGGAGAAAGUGAACGAAGCCAAAGCCUGCCUCCAGAGCCUGACCACGGACUCCAAGAGGCAGAUCAGCAAUAUCAAACGGGAGAAGUCCAACCACAUGCUCGAAGGAGGCGUGGAGGAGAAGCUGCCGGAGAACAGCAUGUUUACGCCCUACGCCUGCCAGUACUGCAAGGAGACCUUCCCGGGGCCCAUCCCCCUGCACCAGCACGAGCGCUACCUGUGCAAGAUGAACGAGGAGAUCAAGGCCGUGCUGCAGCCCAGCGAGAACCUGAUGGCCGCCAAGCCGGGGAUGUUCCUGGAGAAGGGCCACAUAGGCUCGCCCCUGCUGCCGGAGAAGGGCCUGGGCGGGCCGCUGCACCCCUACAGGGACCACAUGUCCGUGUUGAAGGCGUACUUCGCCAUGAACAUGGAGCCCAACGCCGAGGAGCUGCUCAAGAUCUCCAUCGCCGUCGGCCUUCCUCAGGAAUUCGUCAAGGAGUGGUUCGAGCAGCGGAAGAUGUACGAGUACGGCGCCGCCCGCACCCCGCCGCCGCUGGAGCACCGCGGCAACGCCGACAUGGCGGUCGGCACCAACAACCACCACACUCCACCAAAAGACUCUUUGGCAGCUAGGUCGCCCGUGUCCCUCCUCAAGCCCGCCGACCGCAUCACCUCGCCCUCCAUCGCCGAGCUCCACAACGUCAGCAACUGUGACAACUCGCUCAGACACCUGAAGAACCACCAGUUCGGCGGCGGCGGCGGCGGCGCCAAGCCGGCCGGGGACAAGCUGGACCACUCCCGCAGCAACACGCCCUCGCCGCUCAACCUGUCCUCCACCUCUUCCAAAAACUCCCACAGCAGCUCGUACACCCCCAACAGCCUGACGUCGGAGGACCUGCAGGCCGAGCCGCUGGACCUGUCGCUGCCCCGCCUCCUCAAGGAGCCCAAGCACGCGCUGACCGUCAAGAGCCGGCCCAAGCCGGGCGGCGCCACGGUGGAGCACAGCGCCGUGCCGUCGCCCCGGGAGCACUUCGAGGAGCCGCUCAACCUGGCCUAUCUCAAGAAGGAAUUCUCAGGCAUCACCAACAACGGAACCCUUGAAAAAAGCACUAGCCCCAUUUUCGGCAUUAACCCCUUCGCCGCCAAGCCCCUGUACACCUCGCUCCCGCCGCAGAGCGCCUUCCCCCCCGCCACCUUCAUGCCCCCCAUGCAGGCCAGCAUCCCGGGCCUCAGACCCUACCCGGGCAUGGACCAGAUGGGCUUCCUGCCGCACAUGGCCUACACCUACGCGGCGGGGGCGGCCACCUUCGCCGAGAUGCAGCAGAGGAGGAAGUACCAGCGGAAGCCCGGGUUCCAGGGGGACCUGCUCGACGCCACUCCAGACUACAUGUCAGGGCUGGACGACAUGACAGACCCCGACUCCUGUCUGUCGCGGAAGAAGAUAAAGAAGACUGAAAGUGGUAUGUACGCGUGUGACUUGUGCGACAAAACAUUCCAGAAGAGCAGUUCCCUUCUAAGACACAAAUAUGAACACACAGGCAAGCGGCCGCACCAGUGCCAGAUCUGCAAGAAGGCCUUCAAACACAAGCACCACCUGAUCGAGCACUCCCGGCUGCACUCCGGAGAGAAGCCCUACCAGUGCGACAAGUGCGGCAAGCGCUUCUCCCACUCGGGCUCGUACUCGCAGCACAUGAACCACCGCUACUCCUACUGCAAGCGGGAGGCGGAGGAGCGGGAGGCGGCGGAGCGCGAGGCCCGCGAGAAGGGCCACCUGGAGCCCACCGAGCUGCUCAUGAGCAGGGCAUACUUACAGGGCAUGACUCCUCAGGGCUACCCGGAGCUGGCGGAGCGCGACGCCAUCCUGAGGCACGACGCCGCCGCCGCCGCCGCCGCCGUCGUCGUCAACGGGGCCGUCAGAGAGGGACGCAAGGAAGUGGAAGGAACGUACGCCAAGAUGGCGGGGCGCGGGGAGGAGGAGUUCGAGGAGGAGGAGGAGGAGAGCAAGAGCAUGGACACGGACCCGGACACGUUGAGGGACGAGGAGGAGAACGGAGAGCACUCCAUGGACGAUAGCUCGCUGGACGGCAAGAUGGAAACCAAAUCGGAUCACGAGGACGCCAUGAUGGAGGACGGCAUGUAACCAGAGCGGCGGCGGCGGUGGCGAUGGCGGCGGCGAUGGCGGCGGCGCCUCACAAGCUUCCCAUCUUAAAGAAAACUGUCCGUGCCUGAAGCUUCCGGGAAGCUUGGUUUGACGGACUCCUCCACCCUCCCCCCUCCUCCUCCGGGGGGGUGGAGGAGGAGGCGGAGGAGGAGGAGGAGGAGGCGCGGGUUUGUGAAAUAAGCUGCAUUAUGCAAAGCGAGCGGUGACGGAGCGACGCCUGUGAUGAGAUGUACAGUACUAAGGCCUGACAGCGUGUGGUGCUAACCUCCUCAGAUAAACCUGUGUUCCAUAGUAUUUAUAGCACAACUAGUGACUUGUACAAAUUGCACUCCGCUUCUAUAAUCAUGAACAAAAUAAUAAAAAGUAUUGCCUAUGUAUAUAUUUAUACAGUGUUGGAAAAAGAGCAGUGUUACUGCAGUCCUCGGAUAUGACCUUUGACCCCUCCCCCCUCCCUGGCCCCGCCUCCUUCACCUCCAUCUGCAGCCACACUGUUUCCGGCCUCCGGAAUCAAAUGAAAGGAAUCUGAACUGACGGAGGCUCUUCUCGUUCUCGUUGUCGUUCUGUUGUUUUUAUUUUUUAUUUUCUAAUUAAUGGAGUUUUAAAGAGACCUUCGUUUUAAGGGAAACAUUUAUGGAUGGAUGGU